GGCAGAUGUAAAGUUACAUGCUGACGGUGUAGCCGCGUCUCCCCAGUCUUACGUUGCUGGGUGCUUGGGUCACGCUGAGACAGAGUAACUGUGGUUUCAUUUGUGUUGGGAGAUUCCCCUAGCUUGGCAAGUUGCUAUGGCCAGUGGACCGCAAAUGAUGGCCCCUGUUUGUCUGGUGGAAAACGACAAGGAGCAUCUGUCUGUGAACCAGAAAGCCGUAGAGAUUCUAGACGAGAUUUCUCAGCCAGUGGUAGUCGUGGCCAUCGUGGGAUUGUACCGCACAGGGAAGUCCUACCUGAUGAACCGUCUGGCGGGACAGAAUCACGGCUUCCCUCUGGGCUCCACCGUGCAGUCUGAAACCAAGGGCAUCUGGAUGUGCUGUGUGCCCCACCCCACCAAGCCAAAGCACACGCUGGUCCUCCUGGACACCGAGGGCCUGGGGGACGUGGAGAAGGGUGACCCUAAGAAUGACUCGUGGAUCUUCGCCCUGGCCGUGCUUCUGAGCAGCACCUUGGUCUACAACAGCAUGAGCACCAUCAACCACCAGGCCCUGGAGCAGCUGCAUUAUGUCACAGAACUCACUGAGCUGAUCAGGGCAAAGUCUUCCCCAAGUCCUGAUGGGAUAAAGAAUUCCACAGAGUUCGUGAGUUUCUUUCCAGACUUCGUCUGGACUGUUCGGGAUUUCAUGCUGGAGCUGAAGUUGGAUGGAGACAGCAUCACGGAGGAUCAGUACCUGGAGAAUGCCCUGAAGCUGAUCCCAGGCAACAAUCCCAGAAUCCAAGCAUCCAACUUGCCCAGGGAGUGCAUCAGACAUUUCUUUCCUAAACGGAAGUGCUUUGUGUUUGACCGGCCAACGAGUGACAAGAAACUCUUGCAAAAAAUUGAGACUGUCUCAGAAGACCAACUAGAUCCCAAGUUCCAGGAACAAACAAGGGCUUUUGUUUCUUACAUCUUCACUGAUGCAAAGAUCAAGACCCUCAGAGAGGGGAUUAAGGUCACUGGGAAUCGACUGGGGACUCUGGUGACCACCUACGUGGAGGCCAUCAACAGUGGAGCCGUGCCUUGUCUGGAAGACGCUGUGACAACUCUGGCCCAGCGUGAGAACUCAGCAGCUGUGCAGAAGGCCGCUGACCACUACGGUGAGCAGAUGGCCCGGCGACUGAGGCUCCCCACAGACACGCUCCAGGAGCUGCUGGGUGAGCACACAGCCUGUGAGAAGGAGGCCAUUGCUGUCUUCAUGGAGCACUCCUUCAAGGACGAAGACCAGCAAUUCCAGAGGAAGCUGCUGGAGCUCAUAGUGCUCAAGAGGGCAGACCUCCUGCUGAAGAAUGAAGAGGCCUCAGAGAGAUACUGCCGGGGAGAACUGAGUGGUCUCACGAAAGCACUCGUGGAAAGUGUUUCGGCUGGGGCAUUCUCCGUUGCUGGAGGACACCGGCUCUACAUGGACACCAGGGAGCAGAUUGAGAGGGACUAUUGGCGGGUGCCCAGGAAAGGGGUGAAGGCAAGGGAAGUCUUCCAGAGUUUUCUGCAGUCACAGGCCACCAUCGAGAGUUCCAUCCUGCAGGCAGACACAGCCCUCACCGCUGGGGAGAAGGCCAUUGCAGAGGAGCGGGCCCAGAAGGAGGCGGCUGAGAAGGAGCAGGAGCUGCUGAGACAGAAGCAGAAGGAGCAGCAGCAGCUGAUGGAGGCUCAGGAGAGAAGUCACAAGGAAAACCUGGAGCAGCUGCGAACGAAGCUGGAGCAGGAGAGAGAGCAGCUCAUGAGAGACCAGAAAACGAUGCUGCAGAAGCAGCUGCAGGCCCAAAAGGCAUUGCUUGCUGAAGGAUAUAAGAAGAAAUCUGAGGAGAUGAAUGCAGAAAUAAAUAAUCUGAAAAAUAAGAUCGAGACUAUAAAAAAAGAGAACACCUCAUUUCUGGAGCAAACCCUGAAUGCCUUUGCCACAGUUCUCUGCGCUCCUAUCGUUCUGGCUGUGGAGGUCGUAAAAGGCAUUGCCACGUUGUUUUAAGACUCACUGCUCUUAGGAAACGAGACCGUGAAUACAUGCUCUGUCCAUUUUUAAGAUGCCCAGAGACUGUGAAUCUGUGUCCUGUUUUUUAAGGUGCACGCUCAUUUUCACUCAGCAAAGUUUUAAACAUGAAAAAGUGCUUGCUCAGUCUGCAACAUCAGUGCCUGGCCCACGUUCUUCUGAAAAAAUUCACGUAUGUCUUGAUAGGUGAUGUUUGCAAUAUCAUGCGGGAGAGAUCCUCUGAGUUAUCACUUGUUGCUGUGAAAAAUGGAAGAUGACAGUAUGAACUUUGAUUUGUGCUUAAUUUGUGCAAUAAACUUUUAAUAUUGGCAGUGUAAUCUUUAACAUGCGCCCACUGCCUUGUCAGGGAGCACAGUCUCGGUGGGGAUUCUUGUGUUCUAACAUCAAGUUGAACCCAGAGAUACACUUUAUCAAGUGAAAAAUGUCAAAACCCCAUGCAACGAUUCCAUGUGAACACACAAACGCAAGAUGGAAUGGAUUCUGAAAGAUCCACCAGAAUCUGGGCUCUGGCUUCAUCUGGAGAGACCAAGAUGCAAUAGGGGGUUGCAGUGACCAAUGUAUUCAUUAAGCACUCAAUUCGAUCGUUUAUAUUUCAUGAACAACACUUGAAAUAAAUACUAUUACAGCUUGA